AUGGCAGAAAAGAACAUUGUUACCGUCGGCAAGUCUAAUACUUAUGUGCUUUUUAAGUCCGUCAGAAAAAGAGCGAACAGUGUCAUCAAACACCUGCGAGAGGUGUUGGGUCUCCUGACGCAGGUGUACUCAGUCUCUCCUGGUCACCAAGACAACACUUACCUCGAUACCGUCCUCGAGCGCCUCAAGGAGUGCUACAGAGAUGUGACGACGCAACAAAACAUUAUGGAGCCGGCCCCUCCCCAGCCACCGCCUUCUGGGCCGCCCGGCGCUACACACACACCAGGUGUGACCAGGUGCUCCGUCCCCCUCCGUCCACCCCUUGUGUCUGUAGCUGACAUUGAACAGCGCCUCGUCUUCACAAAGUUCACUCAGCCCUUCCGCCUGGACGAGGCCCGGCGGCAGUGGGUGUUCGGCGGAGAGCUGUACAAGUUUGAGGGUCGUCACCUGAAGCAGCACUGGGCAAUGCUCUUCACCGACAUUCUUCUUUUUACCAAGAUCAACAGAGACCGCGUCAUCUUCGUCAUGGAGGACCCUGUGCCUCUCAGCGGAGUCUGCCAGGCACUCUUCACCAUCAAAAAGAAACGUAAGAUAUUUAAAGGAGCGGCAGAAAGAGAGUGA